UUAGAACUUUGCGCCAUUUAAUUAUUUUCUCUUCCCUUCUCUUCUCUGUUCAGCUAGCGUGAGAGCUCCAGAAAAUCCAUGGCGAAAUACGGGGAAGGGGACAAACGCUGGAUCGUGGAAGAGAGACCAGACGGCACCAAUGUCCACAACUGGCACUGGGCCGAGACCAACUGCCUCGAAUGGUCCCGCAAUCUCUUCACCAAUCUCCUCUCCGACCUUACCAUCCUGGACGGCGAAGGCAAUCUCUACAUCAAAACCAAGAAGGUUGACAAGGUCGACGGAGAGGCCUACGUUAACAUCCGCAAGGGUAAGAUCAUCCCCGGUUACGAGAUCAGUGUCUCCCUCUCCUGGGAAGGCGAGGCCCGUGAUGCCGACGGCAAAUCCCUCCUCAAGGUCGAUGGGUCCAUCGAGAUCCCUUACAUUGCCGACGAGAACGCCGACGAAGACCCCGAAAUCAAAGUCACUGUCAAGGACGAAGGUCCCCUUGGGAGAAGACUGAAAGAGGCAUUCGUUUCCAAGGGGAAACCCAUUGUAUUGGAGAAAGUUAGGGUUUACGUUCAGAGCAUGGCCAAAGGUGGUCCUGCCAAGGAAGAAUUGGAGGUCAAGAAGCAUUCCACCAACAAGUCUUCUUCGUCCCCGGCGGCCGCCGCAGCUGCUUCUUAUGCUGCUCAAACGAAGAAGGACACGAGUAAGAAAGGGUUCAAAUCAAUUUCUUUGACUGAGAAGUUUCAUUGUCGGCCCAAGGAUUUGUACGACAUCUUGAUGGAUGAGAACAGGUGGAAAGGGUUUACUCACAGUAAUGCGAAGAUCAGUAAGGAGGUCGGGGGCCAGUUUAGUCUUUUUGAUGGCUCAGUCACGGGGACCAAUCAAGAGUUGCAGGAGGGUAAGCUGAUUAUUCAGAAGUGGAGGUUCGGCAGCUGGGCUGAUGGGAUACAUUCUACGGUACGCCUUACAUUUGAUGAGCCCGAACCAGGAGUCACAAUCGUCAAGCUGAUACAAAUUGAUAUCCCCGAGGAAGACAGAUAUGGGAACUCCACUGUUGUUGAGAACACAGAGAGGGGAUGGCGGGACCUCAUAUUCCACAAGAUACGCGCGCUUUUUGGUUUCGGAGUCUAAAAUUUUGCACUGAAGGGUGCCAAUCAAUGUAGAAUCUUGAAACCAAUCUUGUCUUUCAGUUUUUGAAUAUUAAUUGAAUAUAAAGGUCAAAUGAGGGAUGGAUAUAAAUGGUUGUUGCUAGAUGCUGUAGCCAACAAUUGAUCUGCUAGUUUAUAUUUCUUCGGAGAACAAUGCUUCUUGAAUUGA